AUGAUAGUGCGUAACAAGAAGUUUAAGAUUCAUGAUUAUCGCACACCACGCUCAAAUCUUGAACGUCGCUACCCUAUAAAGAGUAUAGAGUCCGAGAGCCUUCCUUUUUGCUCCUUUCUUGCCUUUUUACCCGUCGGAUUGAGCAAGGCCAAGCGCUGUAGACACCGCUGUAACUCUCACAACCCUAGUCUAGCUCCAUUUCAAUCCCUCGACUUCUUUGCCCAAAAGAAUUUCGGCUAUAAAUGUCACAUUUUGCGUCCGACCAUGGGGUCCAAUAUCACAUAG